UGAAAACUAUAAUCGGGUGUUCAGGGAGCAUUUCACAAACGUAAGUGUUGAACGAUUUUGGUCUUAGAAAUUGAAUUACAAUGCACAAUUGAUUGUUGAGUGCAGAAGGCUGUCAUUAGCAAAUACAUUUGUUUACUAGAGCAAAAGGCAUACAUGCAUGCUAAUUUAUUUGUGUGCAUUUGUUUAUUGCAGCAUUGUAACAAAUAUUCCAGACAACAGCAGUACCUCUGCUGGAUUAAGCACCCCCACUACAGUCACAGAUCUUUUCAACUCAUUCUAUGAGGAAGACGAAGAAAGCAACAUGGUGCAGGAACAGGAUGUUCAGUUCGUCUCCCAGUCCACACUUCCACGGGAACCACGCCUUGACCAGUCACCCACUGUCUCAACAAAGAGACUGCAGGAGUCCUGUAGUCAUGCUGGAAGGAGCAAGAAAUCUAGAACUGGCAAUCAGAUUGACCAGUCAAUACAGCGAUCCUUAGAAGCAUGCUCUUCAAAGUUAGAGACUUUGCAAGCAGAAAAGGAUGAUGUACAUCAUUUCUGCCAGUUUCUGGCUACACGUCUACGUGAACUAGGAAAGACACAGAGAAGAGAGGCCUUUCACAAACUGGGAGAUGUAUUGUAUGAACUGGAGGCCACCAGUGCAGACUACUGAGCUCUCAUUUGUGGACAGUUCUCUCUGUCUGUCGCAAUGUUGCUUUGUCAGCUAAUGUAUAUUUAUGUAGUGUAAACAGAUUAAACGAAUGAACUGCAUGUACUGUUUGGAACACGGUUUUCUAAAAUCUCCAGCGUGUGGCGGAGCGGUUCCCUAUAGGUGACUUCACGCACUAGGGAACUAUACCAAUACCUUCCCCGAGGGGAGGCCACGUUCAACUGCUCUCCCUAGCAGACUAUGCUGAGUAUGUGAUGGUUGUAUGUCCUGACAGGUGAUGCUGCAUGGCCUCCCCAUGGAGACAGUAUUGGUAUAGUUCCCUUGUGCAUGAUUGCUGAUAGGGGCCUGCUCGGCCAUGGGAUGGAGAUCUUCGACAACCGUGUUCCGAACAGUACAUGCAUCUGCACUUCUGAAUAGAAAAUACCUUGAUCUAUAUGUGUUUGUCUUGCCAUGGCAACUUCCCCUCAGUCACAAAAUACAGGGCAAGUCUGUCUCGGACUGCUGCUGCUGACCUGCAAUUAACGUAAACAAGAGGAUUGCAUAUGCUGAAAACUGUAUUUGUUAUUUAUUUCUGAUAUGCUACAAGGCUACAGGCACUGAAGUGCCAAAUAGGUCGCAUUAAUGUUUGGACCCUCAUUAA